GUCGCGUGUAGUCGUACUUGUGGUUAUACAGUAUUGUGAUUUUGUGAUAAUCAGUGACCAUUUAUUGAGUGGAGUGUUAAUUGUGUUGUUUUUGGAAAUUAAGAUAACCGGCAUGCCGUGGGCGUGAAAUGGAUGGUAUCCAAAUGGAGCCCAUCGGCAAAUAUAAAGCCGAUCGUAACGGAUCCGCUAAGGCGGCCGCUUGGCGAAAUAUGGUUGAUCAAGAUUUGGAUGACGUGGCGUUUUUAGCUGAUACAGAUAAAGCAAGGGAAGCGAGAGAGCUCGGCGACACUCCGGUGGCAGUCUGUUCCCAACGCCGAGCGCUAUGUCUCGCCGCUCUGGUCUUCUCGGCGAUGUUCGCCACCGCACUUCUGGUUGUGUACGCAACUCCUCAGCCUGAAUGCCCGUGCCUCAGUGAAGCUGAACUAAUACCAGGUCAACCGCCCACCGGUUCUGAGGAAAAUGCAACGGCCGCGAACAAGGACAGGAUAGCCAGCAACGGAAUGGUGUUUCCGUGGCGCGGUGCGAGACUGCCGACGUUUCUAAUACCGAAGCACUACAGUCUAUGGAUGCACCCGAAUUUAACUACGGGGGAGUUGAGAGGUGAAGUGUCAAUAGACUUCAAAGUGGACCGCGACUCUUCUUUCGUUGUCCUCAACGUGAGAGAUAUGAACGUGACAGAGAGGGCGCUGUUCAAGAGUGGCGGUUCUCUGGGCCCGAAGGUCGCUAGGACGUUGGAGUACCCGCCGGCAGACCAGACGUACAUUGAGUUUAAGGAAAAACUCCGCCGCAAAUAUAAUUACACGUUGAGCCUCCGUUUCAUAACGAAGUUAGAUCGAAGUGAUAGACAACGCGGUUUCUUUUUAACAUCGACACAUCGACAUCGAUGUGCGGUUUCCCGGUUCUGGUUGACUCACGCCCGUUCAGCGUUCCCUUGCCUCGACGAACCGCAUCUCAGGGCUACGUUCAAACUCACCAUUGUAAGGGAUAGAUUUCACGUGUCUCUUACAAAUAUGCCGAUAGUUGCUACCGAGGAAGCUGGAUUUUAUUUAGGACACCGAUUGCUUCAAGACGAAUUUGCAAUUUCACCCCCGAUGUCGACGCACAUGAUGGCGCUCGCCGUGUGCCGCCUCCAGCGUAGAGCUGCGCCUCCUCUGCCGGAACCCACUCCAGAAGUCACCGAAGCGCCACCGGACGACUUCGUGCCUCCGCCGGAAGUCAGUCUGUACAGUGACCAGCAAGUUAUUCUGGACGAGUCGGGACCAUUGUUAGAAUGGGUACAGAAAACGAUACAACUGUUCGCGUUUGAACUGAACACAUCUUACCCCUUACCUAAGUUUGACAUUGUCGUCGUUGAUGGAGGUAACCAGUACUCCGAAGGAUGGGGCCUCAUCACUCUGUCACCGUCGUUACUGACAGACACUAAAGCGAUCGCAAGAUUAUUAGCUCAGCAGUGGUUUGGAGGUCUCGUCUCUCCGCGUUGGUGGAGCUCGCAGUGGCUUCUUGAAGCUUUGACGUCGGUUUUGGGUGAAAAGGCGCCAGCGUUAGGCGGAGCGCCCGCUGAACGACAACAAGACGCUUUGUUACUGGAUCACGUAUUACCUGCGCUGAGGUUGGACUCAAGCUAUUCGGUCCGAGCGGUCGCGUCUCCGAGAUUGGACAAGGCCGAUAUCGAAUCAGCCAGCGAUGACUUGUCAUUACAUAAAGGUGCAGCCAUAGUGAGUAUGGCGAUAGAGGCCGCCGGACAGGAAGCCGGUCGCGCUGCACUCGCGCGACUUUUGCGCGAUCAUCGCUCAGCCAGUGCUGACGCUAGAGAUCUAUGGCGUGCCCUCCAACAUGACAGCACAGACGAUGCCCCCGCUCACGCUUGGGACGGCUGGUGCGAGAGACCUGGAUACCCUUUGCUUUGUGCUCGAGUGUCUGGCACUGAUGUGGUGGUGAAGCAGGAGAGAUUUGUCAUGUCUGCCGAUCCACCGGACCCUGAACCGCCGAUGCUGAACUACCUCCUAACCUUAGACCUUCGAGCAGAGUUGGAUGAAAUAUUCUAUGAGCCAGAAAACUUCACCGAAAUCGUUGAGGAAGAUAUCAAUGCCACAACGACGACGGCCGCCCCAAAAACCACAACCAAACGGACAACAGUCAAAACGACGAAAGCACCGCCAGCACCGAAAUGGGUCAUACCAGUUACCUUCUCAGUCGGACCACUUAACAACGGCGAUGACGAAGAAUUAGAGAACCUCACAAAAUUAUGGAAGAACGUCACGGAAAACAUACAAAACGGCACUUGGUAUGACAUAGUGAACGACACGAAACACACGUCGAGAUGGUCAGAAAACGUCACGUACCUCAUCUGGAUGAACGAUACCGAAAUGGUUAUACCAGAGCUGGGCAAACACAAAUGGGUGAGGUACAAUGUUGGCGCUCGGGGUCUCUAUCGCGUCGCGCCACAGGACCGGAACGCCGGAGAGUCCCCGGAGGCGGCGGCGCGGCGCGCGGCGGAGCUGUACGCGAGCGGCGCGGCGGCCGAGCGCGCGCUGCAGCUGGACGACGCCUUCGUGCUCAGCCGCGCCGGCCGCCUGCCCGCCAGCGGCGCCGUCGCCGCAGCCGCUCAUCUGGCGACGGAACGUCAUUGGGCGGUAUGGCGUGUGGUGGUCGGGCAUUUGUCCUGGUGGCGUGAACUACUCCAAGUGGCGGCAUCAGGACCGUACCUUCAAAAUUUGCUCAGUACCCUUCCGCCGCGCUUACCGUUAUACACUUACCAGGAAUUACAAGAUCCAGGGAUAAGUGAGGAUCAGCUGUGGCUGAGUGGAGCCUUGCUGACCGCUGGUGUCGAGUGGGGUAACGAGAACGUUACAGAACAAGCGCUGGAGCUGUUCGACGCUUGGAUGAACAACAACGAGACUAUACCGGAAAUAUACCAGGAGGGCGCGUUCACGGCGGGCGUGCGGCGGCGCGGCGCGGCGGCGUGGCGGCGCGUGUGGCGCGCGCUGCUGGCGUCGCACGCGGCGCCGCGCCCCACGCACUCGCACGCCGCGCUGCUGGCCGCGCUCGCCGCGCCGCGCGACGACUGGCUCCUCUACCGAUUCGCGUACACGGUGAUGUCCAGCGAGGCGCAGCGCGGCCGGGAGUGGAAGACCUGGGUGACGUCACUAUGCCAGGGAAUUUGCAAAUGGCGCGGCGCUGCUGGUAUCUGGAGGAUAUUGAACAUGGUGAAACUUCCGCCUUCCGCCUUGCAAGCUGCAGCGCGGUGUCUCCAUCAACCUGGAGACUAUUAUAGGUUUAAGGAGUUAUUCGGAGACGAAAAGGGCGCCGCGAUCGCGUUAGACACAAUUGCCCUUAACACUGCGUGGGUGUCUCGCGCUGAUGGCGAUCUACUCUCGUACUUCAAUGCGGUGAACAAACAAACGGAUUAAACAUCAUUAUAUAUAUAUUAAGAAGUCCUGACGUUUGAUAAAAAACAUGACAUGUGAUUUU